UCCUACAGGUGAGGAGUUGAGGGAAGAGAAGGAGAGAGUCGGGAAAACAAAAAAAAAGAGAAUCACAAGGAAAGGGAUAAAGGUAAAAAGUAAAGGAAAGACAUAAGAGACGGAGGGGUGAUUCGCAGUCGUACCAUCGCGCGAGGCACACACAAAAUAUAAUAAAAAGUAAACACAAACUUUGGAAGUCAGUCCCUGGUGUUGUAAGGUACAUAACUGCCUCUUGAAGCUUCCCAGGGGUUGCUCUGUCCUCCCAGUGAAGCCUACACAAGCUUCACACUUCAGAAUCAGCACACUAACAGUAGGAGGAGAGUCGUAACGACCACAGGUCUACCAGGAAGCUCACUCUUGCUGAGACGAUGCUUACCAACGCUCGCUGCAGCCUCACCUCUUGAGCUCACUGACAACACCUCCAAUAACAACACCUACAACAACAACAAGGCGGCGGCUCCUGAUUGGUCGACGAUAAUGGUGACGUCACAACCCAGCAGUCAACUCCUAGCAUUAAUCUUCUGUAUUACCUUCCUCUCUCUUCCCUCAGAUGGCGCUACCAUGUACGGUCUCCCGCGCCAACCAGAGUACCGUACACACCUGGAGAUCCCCGCUCAUCAAGGAGGCAACCUGUGGAAUGGUGCAGCAGCAACGAGGGAAGGCGAGAACAGUAUCUUCAGCAGCAUCAGCGUGCCUAACAGCGGUGAUAGCAGUAGCAGCAGCAGUAGUAGUAGCAGCAGCAGCAGUAGCAGGGACCUGGGAAGACCCCCCCAGCCCUACCUCCCUGAGAGAUAUAUUCUUCUUUCACCCGAGGAAAGUUUCUUACGAGAACUCCUCUUGCACUCCGCCACUCCUGCAGAGUCGAGACCAAUCACAGACCAGAAACCCCGUGACGUCACUAGCCUCGCAGAGUCUAGACCAAUCACAGGCCAGAAACUCCGUGACGUCACUAGCCUCGCAGCGUCUAGACCAAUCACAAGCCAAGCAUCCCAUGAAGUCACUGGUUUCGCCUUUCCUCAAGAACUGGAUCGAAUGGAAUUCAGGCUACCGUCUGUGGAUCUGGCCAGACUGAAGGCAUGGACACAGCAACAGCAGCAUAAUAAGCCCAAGCGCCUGCAGCAGCAGCCGCAGCUACAACACAAGCAGCGAACGUUGUCUGUAGUGGGAUUCCCUGUGGCACAGAAGAAGUGGUGGGGAGGUGGACACCACCGUCGGGGAGAGAUAGCUCGGAGAGCAUCACAGAACAAGCACCUUGACUGCCUCAAAUCCUGCAUCAAGCAAGGCACUCUUCAUCCCAUACAGUGCCACACCCUCUGCUAAGUCUUAAGGAUGAAGAUGGCAUCAGUAGUGUAGACGUGUGAAGGAGAAGCCAUCAAGUCCUGGGAUGUCGCAUGUCCCUCUUGUUGAUCUCACUGUCAACUACUGAUGGAAACCUACAUGGCGUCAGGACUCAUGUUUAAAAGAUAUCAUGCUAUAUGAUGCAAAUAUUACAGUAUCUUAAAAGAUAUAAGAAAAUGAAAUCUGCAAAACCCAUAGGGAUCAUGCAGUGCCUUGGGAGGUAAUUGAGACUUAUCCAAGGAAAACAAGAGAAACUCCAUUUCCUUGGAUUAGGGGUCCAUCACCAGCACCAAGGCACUUCCCUUGAAGGGGUCUGUAAGAACAAAUUCGAAACCAUCAACUUCUUGAAAAGAGUUGCUCGGCAUUAUCCAAUCAACUGGUGUUAAAAAUUCCUGCUAUUUCAUGUAAGAUGAAACACCAAAGUCUUAAGCCAGACAUUUUUAUUAAAUAAUGUAGCCUCUCAAGGAUAUUGUACAGUAAUUACAGUAAGUAAUAAGUGAUUAUAAAAAAAAUAACAACCAUAUAUCAAAUAUAAUCCCUAUCAUUUUCUAUACCUUCCAUUAUGAGUAAGGGAAGGACAAACAGAAGACAAAUCUUGGCUGGAUAGCCUAAUGAAUCUCAUGAUUAGAUACAUUUUUUGUGCAAAAAUGUCCUAAUCAUAAGAUAAAUGAGCAUAAUUUCUAAAGAUAUAUCUUCAAAGUUUGUUUCCAGUGAGGAGGAAACGAGGCUGGUCCCUCCCUACUGUUAACAACUCCUGAUUCUCUCAUUCUGUAUGCUCUAUAAACUACAGCUAUUUUCUCAUUCAGAAAACUGAACAAUCACACAUUUCCUGCCUAUCCCUGUCAGUGUGACAAACAUUCCUUGCUAUAUGGCAUGACUCCCCAUCCUCCAGCAUUAUUCACAAUGGGAGGUACACAACCUGUCAAACAUUUUCGUUCUGAAUAAUGUUUUACAAGCAACUCUGUAUUAAAUUUGUCCUUUUGUCAUAAAUAACUUCUAUAAUCAUCAUAAACAUUUUAUCCCAAUUAUUCAUUGCAAGAGAAAAGUCUAUUUUUAAUAGCAAAUCAUUAGUUUAAUAUUGUCCGAGUUAAUCACUAUCUCCAUAACCCAUUUACCCCUGUAUCUAGUGUUUUGUUUUCUACUAUACCUGAAUUUUUCAUAUAUUAAGACCACAGAGCAGAGAGAAUAUAUACUUUGCUGUAGGCAAUUGUAAUGAGCCUAUAAACUUAAAAAAAUCAACAGAUUCAACAAAAGCACAAAAAUGGUACAUAUAUACGUAUACAGUGAAAAGUCAUAACUCAUUUUAGUUCAGUAUUGCUCACCCUCACCUCAGUAAUAUAUCAGGGUAUUAAUUUCAACUCGCCAAUUGGAGGGAAAGACUUUCAUCAAUACCGUUGAUUAGGAUGACUGAGGACAUCAUUUUUCAGGUGGAAAGUCAGAAACACACAUGAUUACAUGAUGUCCGAUAGAAGUCUAACUACAUGACAAAAAUCAGUCUUGUAUAACAUGGUUACCGAGCCUACCAUGCCUGGUGGGGAAAAUGAUGUAAAGCAGUGCAUUAAGAAACGGUAUCAUAGAGAAAAUAGUAUUAUAAUCAUAGGUCUGGGGACAGUUGGUCCCAAAGAUGAGGGGGUACUUGUACCUCCUCCCAUGGGAGACUUAGGUCUCGAGAUACUCCCCAGAUAGGGAGCCAAGGCCGGGUCACCACUCCUUGGAAAAGACCCGGGCCGGGAGAGUACCGGCGAAUAGAAAAAAAAAAAUAGUAUUAUAAUCAGCAUAGAAAGAACUGUACCACAACCAGGUCAGACAAAAUGGUACAAUAGGCUGAGCACUAAUAUAAAUGAAUCAUGUUCUAUACACUAAAUUAAAAGAAAUGUGUUUAAUAAAAGGUGUUACAUAAAUUUCAGCAAUAACUGGAACAGCAUUUGUCAAUUUAAGAAAACAGUUACUCUUGAAGGACAGUGGUAACAUUAGCAAAUUAAAAUGCAAAUGAUACCAGUUCCAGACUGUAUCAUCAUUUUAUUCACAAGAAAGCACAAAACCUGUAGUGGUCAUACAAUGCAAGACUUUCAAACUAUAGCUUACCAUGCAAGUAUCGUACAAUUAUUACAACAACUUCAUCUGAUGCUUCUCAAAAUGCUAAGCAAUUAGUAAAUAAAUUUUAAUUAAAUUUAAUUAAUCUUUGGUAGCAGUUGUAGGGCUCGAGUGUAACGGUAGAUAAAUCACAGUACUAAGGUUUACAAAGUCUGAAAAUAUCUAUCUUAACAUCACUGUAUAAUAGUAAUGAUCUCUGUACAAACUGACCACAGUAAACAUCACAGACUGACAGAUUAAAGAUCACCUUUACAGAUACAGUGAAAUAACUGGUGCAUCAGGCUGCUAGUUUUCCUCUAUGAGACUAAGCCUACUGACCUGACCUGUUCACACAAAAAUCUGUGUAUUUAACAUAAAGCUGCCAACAUCAAAUAUUUAAUAAAUAUUUUUUUUUAUAAAAAAUACUUACAACACUUUUCAAACAUACAUAAGGUAAUUAUAGUCUAUACUGUAAUUUUAAUACAAAUAUCAAAUCUCUGGCCUAACCUGACAUUACAGUAUUUUACUACCUAACAAGUAAUAUAGUUUAAUCAAUUCACCCACAAAAAAGUCAUAUUAAUAUAAAUAUUACUAUGAAAUUUAUGGUGAAGCACUAAACCCUUAAAGGUCAUACAGUUCCUAAGAAACAGGUUGCAAUCAGGUAUGAUCCAAGGAGGGAUUGGAUAACUUCAAUGCCUUGAAUCAGAAGCCCUCCUUGAAGGGAUACGAGAAUUAUUUUUAUAAUUAAGGUGGAGUUCUAAACCCAUAGGGGGUCACAUAGCGUGGGGACUGGGAGGCAAUCAAGUUCAACCCAAGGAAGGGGAGCUUGAUCAAAUUCCCUGGAUCAAGACCUCCUCACGAGCAUCAUGGAAUCUCCCUUGAAGGAAUUAUGAGAAUUAAAAUUAUAUAAUGUACAAUAUUACAUCUCGUGAAUAGCGCACACACCUGGCACUAUAUGACCCAGUUGGGUUUAAUGCUUUCCUGUGAAUAAUAAUAAUAAUGGAAUACAUGUAAAAAUAGAGAUAAUCUUGGUACUAAAAUAAGAACACCAAAGAUUAUUCUAAUAGCCUGAACUGUAAAAUAAUUAUGAUAAUUACUAUCACGAGUACUGAGGGUUGAGGGAUGUGACAAAUUUCUAAACAUUAUGUACAUCAUUAUUAUUUACUUUCUUGUGUUCUAUAUCUGCCAGCUCAUCUUCUCUACCUCAGUUUUAAAAAUUAACUAUGACUUCCAUUUUGUGGUAUAAAUCACUUAAGUUAACAUGAAAGCAAGCAUAGCGACUGUCUGACAGUCAUCAGGAGAUAUGAUGUAUUAACUAUUGGUCAACAUUAGAAGCUCUUGAGGAAUCCCUUCUAUCAGUAUUAUUACUGAAAAUAUAGUAGGCCUAUCUAUUUCAGAUUACUCAAAGAGCUUCACGUACACUAAGUUAAUUGCUGUAACAAAGCAAAUUAUUAAGUGUACUACUGUUACACCUACAAGUUAGCCAGUACCCCUGAGUGCUUAGAAUUAUUAUUAUAUAUAAUUAUGGGGCAAUGCUAAACCGUUAGGGCUGUGUCAGGAAUAAGAGGCAAGUUAGUUCAACAUGAGGAAAAUGACAGGAGCUCCAAUUCCUUGAAUCAAGAGCUCCCUCAUGAACAUCCAAGGACCUCCCUUCAAGGUACGAGGGUUUAUAAUAAAGGUCUAAAGUAUAAACUAAAUAAAUAACACACGGUGCCAAUAUACGGUACACACCAAUCAAGAUAAAAAAGCAAACCUUUCAAGCAUUCAUAACCUGAAAAUGGAUUAGGACAACUAAUAUAAUUUGGUGUCUCAGACUUUACAAUACCCUGAACUAUCAAGACACUGCCAGAGUUGUUCAGUUCUAUGAAAGGAAAAAUUAAGUCAUUCUAUGAGAGCUCAUACAAUGUAAUUAUUAAAUGAAUAAUUUGCAGACUAUAUGAAAAAGGGAACAAUAUCUAGUCAAUAUCUGCGAGCAAAUGAUUUUUGCAUAAUUUCCUAAUUUUUCAUUUUGUUGUUUUUGAAAACUACAAAAUAAAUACAGCAAGAAGGAAUUUGACUUAUUUUAAUUCUCCUUUAAAAAUAAAAAUUUAUAAUAUUCAUGAAGUACACUAAACCUGAAAGACUCGUGCAGCAUUUCAUAAAGAAGUGAAAGUGAUGGAAGCAAAGGCAGUACUAAAGGAAGAACAUAAGCUGUACUUACAAAUUACAACCACUAUAAGGAACAUACUAUAGCUGAUGCAUGCAACACAUAUUCUGUCUAUAUGUACCAGUAAUCUUUACUGUGUAAUUUUGUUAACACUUGCAAGGCAAGUCUCCAAUAAGAUCCAUACAACACCUGCAGAAUAAAAGGUAAUCAGGUUUUAUUCAGUGAAGAGGAUAGAUCCAGUUCCUUGGAUUAAGAGACUUUCACCAGUAUCAAAUCACCACUCUCAAAGGGAUUCCCAGCAUAUUAUCAUAUCACAUUCUGUAACAAUGCAUCUCUAUGGACACCACCACCAUAUACAGUAAGGUCCCACUUACAAGACAGGUUAGGUUCCAGGUUACCACCAUAAAGCAAAAAAUCGUCAAAAAAUAACUUUUUUCACUUUUAAAUGCAUAUAAAUGUCUGAUAACAUAUUUACACUAUCUUGUAUUAAGUUAGCCAUAGAAGCAGGCAUAAAAAACAAUAAAAAAGUAAAAUACACAUACAGUAUACUCAUUACUUGAAAAUAUUUGAAGUCUUAAUGUAGGGCAAGAGGUAGUAGUAGUUAUUGUAGGAAGUCAAGUGUGACAGCCCGCCCAGCUACCACACCUCACAAUUAUGUUUAUUUUACUAUUCUUAUGAUGCUUCCUGCAUAACUAUCUUAUUUUACUAUGAUUGUAUGUAUUUUCUUUAUAUGAUAUAGCGUAUUUCUUAUGUGAUUUUGAAAAAAAAAAAAAAAUUUAAAGCGCCUCAGA